UUCAAAAUGGCAGCGCCUGUAUCAAAAGGGAGAAUGUUUAGAGAGGUUUCAGUGCCGGCCACUAGUUCGUCAAGGUGGAAAGCCAUAACUAUAUGUACAGGAGCAUCUGCUAGUACUCUCCAAGAUAUAAAGGUUCCAGAGAGCUGUGGAGGCUAUUCUUACAUUGACAGUGGUAGUGCAGGCUCUGCUGUGCGCAAUCGAUUCAUUUAUUGGAGAACUCAUCAUGAUGUGUUGGAACUUGUUGAGGAAUCCCUUGACAUGUCACUGUCUGGUAAUAUGGUCAGAUACAAAUUCCAAGAUACACCAGUGCUGCCUAAAGUGACAGUCCAGGAAGCUCAUGGGAAUGUUGUCAUACUGGUUGCCACUGUUGCAAGUGUACAUCGUUUAGUGUUCCCUCAUCCCAGCAAGCUCAACAGACCGAGUGCCUUUGUACUGUCUGAACAAAAUGCAUCGUCAAUAUUUUAUGAUGCCACCUUACCUGAUGAUCCCAAGAAUCAGUUCCUGCUAACACCUGGCGGAAGUAUAACCUCCCACUUUUCAGUUGGCGCAAGCUGUGUUUGCAGUGACGGUCAUGCCAUUUUUGCUCUCUCUAACAGUACUGGUGGAAUUUUACUUAUCAAAAUGCCUCCUCUAGGAAUCACAGGUGUGAUAAUCCAGCAAGAACUAUCAUGCUCGUCUGUGAUGAAGAAACUUUGGAAUGGUCUCAUCCCAGGUGUCAUGAGGGGCAGUCAGCCAGUUGGUGAGACAGCUGUGAGCAUAGAGUUGCUGACCAUAGCUGGAGAUAUCUACAUAUUCACUGUCUGUCGAGAUUUUAGGCUUAGAGUGUGGUCAACAAAGACCAAAGAUUGUGUGUUGGUAGAAAACUUGCUGGACUACACUAGUGAAGAAUUUGAAGAAACUGGUACCACACCGAUUGUUAACGCCUCUGGGCAUGUCAUCAAGGUCAUUGAAGGCACCACUGGCAUCUGUGUUUAUCUCUGUUUACAAAAUAAAUCCAGGUUUGUGUUCCUGGAUCCUGUGCUAGAUAAAAACAGGGUGAUUGUACAACACCUGACUACAUUGGACAAAUCACCACCACAAGAAGACCUGGUGGAUUUUGUUGCAACCCGUGACUACCUCAUGUCUCUGUGGACAACACAGGCUGGGGAGACACAAGUGUUGACCACACCUAUAGAUGAUGUAGAGGAAUCCCUUAGCAGUGAGUGGGAGCCAGUGCUGUUGUCCACCCCCCAUGACUUUGUUGUGGUGCCACAACACAGAGAUCCCAGGGAUGUUUACCUAGAGAAGAUGUUCUCCCCUGGUUUCUUUUCCCCUCAAGAUAUUGUUAAAGCCCUUAGUGUCUACAGAAGAUGUGCAGCUCCGUCUGUAGAGAUGGAGACCCUAUUCAACAUGGCAGCUUUAAAGGAUGAUGUCACUAAUGCUGUUGAUCUUGAAAUUCGUAACAAUGCAACAGAUAAUGAGCUGGGAGAGGAGGAAUACACACAGCUGCAGCGCGAACAGUGGGAGAAGUUCUACUCCUGCUGCUGUCAGUAUAAACAGGUUGGUGAGAAAGUAAAAGGUCUGUUUGCUGAUCCAGUCACUGGCCUAUUUGCUGUCAUCAAAAAGUCAACAUUCAGUGUGCUGAGACCAUGUGACCCCACAGAAGAGCUCUACCUCUCCCCCACCAUCAGGAUAUCCCAAUCAACCCUGGACAAGCAUGAACUCCCUAGAGAAGGUGUCCCAGUUGCUCAGUUUAUUGAGGACAUGAGACUUGUGUGUACGGCAGUCCAGGUGAUCAGCUGUGAGAUACCAGCUGAGGAUGCCUACAUGUUCCAGUGUUGUCUGCAGAGUCUAGACCCCCCUGACACUCUCAUAGAGAAUCUCAGGGACAUUUUAAGAAAUGACCAGUCAGUGAUAAAUAGCAUCACAGAGCUCCUGAAACAAACAUCCAACCCUGUGGUAGCCAUUGAGGCUCUGUUUGACAUCUUAGAGCUGACUGAUGACUUGGAAAAUGAUAUGAUGGAGGGCGUAGAUCAACCCAGUCACCAACACUACAGCCAUUUGUUCUCUGGAGCCCUGGGCACUGCUGUCCUGACACAGUCUUUCCAACAGUUGGCUCUCCUGAGAUUUCAGUUUGUGCGAGACUUAACAGUACUCAUGGCCAUAGCUGCAAACUUAAUGGAAGAGUCAGGGUUGACUCAAUCCAUGAAAGAUGCGAUUAUGAAUGAGCUCCUGCCCAAAGGGGCGUAUCUCCUGCGCUGCUUCAAGGUUCUUGUGUGGGCAUCAGAGGCCUUAAGUACUGUUAGCCCUAACAACACACUAGAUUUCAACCUGAGACAGCUGAGCAGCCUAAAGAUCACAGACAACUCUGAGCCUCGUUCACUUACUCGACCCACAACUCAGAGCAGCUAUGUGAUACAGAUGUUUCUUGAGGGUGUGGGUGGAGAACUGAUCAGACGCAGGUUGUCCUCUUAUAGCACUUCACUAACUGGCAUCUGGAGAGGAGACCUCAAUGGGUUCUUGAUCUCCUUAAGUCUUCUCAUCUGGCCAGCAACAGAUGACACAAUUUUCCCAGAAUUCCUAGCACGCACUUGCCAGUACUUGAGGCUGCAGGAGUAUGUUCACAUACUCUCCCCAUGGUGCACAUGGAAUGAAGGAUCCAGAGCUUUCUUUAUGGGCUUGUCCUAUCUGCAUUUUGAUGAGCCCCACAAAGCAGUGAAUAUGUUUGUAGAUGCCAGUGAUGGUGUGGCUACUGAAGCGUUUUUGUCACACAAGUUGCUGCAGACAGAGGAGGUGGACCACUAUAAACUACAGAUACUUUACUAUCUCAAGAUAAUUAAUCUGCUGGAAGAACAUGGGUUGCCAGAUCUGGUUAUCACCAUGGCAACUGAAGCCAUCAAUAAAGCUGAUACAGAGGAUCCUAAUUUGUCAACCUUACAGUACAAAGUAUUCAAACAGCAUUUAGAAUUGGGACACAACCAGGAAGCAUUUGCUGCCAUGAUGAACAACCCUGACACAGACAGGUUAAAGAAGGACUCGCUUAGGAAAUUUUUAGUGGUCCUUUGUGAGCGAGGAAAUCUGGCAGAUCUUGUCGCACUGGAUUACCAAGACUUGGAAGAGGAGGUGGUCUACAUAUUGGAGAAUCAUGCUCGUUCUGUGGACCUGUUCACUUAUGAUUACUACAGUCUAUUAUUUUCUUAUUUUAUUUAUAGAGAGGAUUAUAGGAAAGCUGGGCGUAUCAUGUUUGAGAGAGGUUUACGGCUAGCCCAUGAGGUUCCAGGCCUGAAGAGCCUCCAGCAGCAAGCACAGUGCUACCUUUCAGCCCUGAACACUUUGAGGCUUGUCAAGCCAGAGUAUGCCUGGAUAGUCAAGCCAGUCUUCAAAGGAGACGAAGACCAAAGUAAUGCCAUGAGAGUACCCAAACAUGACAGCGAGGGCAGAAACAUAGACAGGAAGAGAGGGUCAAAGAAAAUGGAGAUUUUGGAGCUAGCAGAUUUAGAAAAAGAUUAUCUACUGUUGGAUGCUAGACUGAGAUUGAUCAGAAGUCAGCCAGAUUCAGCAUUAAUUACAGGACCUAUGCCAUCUAAAGAAGAAAUGGUAUCCCUGUUGUGUGCAGCUGGUCUGUAUGACCUGGCAGUCUCAGUAACCAGAGCUUUUUCCUUAUCUCCUGAGCCCAUCUUGUCAAGUUUAUCUCUUCGUUGUGUUACACUGGCUAUCUCAUCAUCCUACACAAAAACUAACUCAGAUGCCAAUGCUUUAGCCUGGCUAUGGCUGCGUGAAAAUAACAUCCCACCAUGUGGAGCAAAAGACAACACAGCAGCAGAUCAGGCCUGGAGUUUACUCCAGAGUUACCUAACUUUGUUGGAAGAUGGAAGCGGUGUCUGCCAUAAAUGUGUUGCCCAUACUCUCCUGUCACAGAGCUUUCAUCUUCCAACAUGGCUCAUUCAUUCAUACAAGAAAGUGGAUGUUGCUGCAUUGCUAAGAGUAUAUUUGAACUUUGACCUGUUAAACCAAGCAGCUUCUCUAGCUAUUGAGUACCUGGAUGUAGUCACAAAUUUGUUGAGAGGAAUUGAUGGACCAGCAUUUAACUUAAGGGGUAUAGACAAGCCAUCACCUAUGAGUGUAUGGGUACCAUAUACAUGUCUUGAUCAACUGAUGGUAGCUUUGCAGGAAAACUACAAUCCAUUAUAUUCCUCUGCUUACAAUGAUCUGAAACAGAGAUUGGCAACAUAUCAAGACAAAGCUCUAGAGAUAUCACAAAGUAUAGCUGCCUGCUAAGUUCUUGUAACCUUGUGUCCAAAAACAUUUGCUAUUUUGUAUAUUUUAGUCAAAUAAAGGUAUGAUCCAAAU